AUUAAAUAUUUGUUUUAUAAUCAGAGGCGUCUUCAGUAGCAUGGCGUUCCGUUAAGAUGACGCAGCCUCCCUUCCUGCCCUGGGGGCUCCCCUACCAGCACAGAGAGUCAUCACAUAGACGGGAGAGCUACGAGCACCCACACAUACACGCGCACACGCACACACACACACCAGUGUAUACACAGAGACACCCGCAUACACAAACGCACACGCACACGACCACACACCCAACACAUACACACAUCGAACCGCAACAAACACAAUGUAAAGGUGAGGAGGACAGAUCGGAGUACAGAGACUAUCAGCACAGAUGUACCAGCUACAGCAAAGAAGACGAGAACGAAUGUAGAGAGGAACCUGUCACCAGCAGUGAAGCCUGGGGAGAUAGAUUAGUGAGCAGCUCUCAUUCGUCUUCUUCCCGAGCUGAGGCCUCAUCUCCUCACACACACGUCACGACUACACAUUCCGGUGGUCGUCGAGGUGCUCUGCAGCUGUGGCAAUUUCUGGUGUCGUUAUUGGCGGAGGGCGCGCGCUGCGUCGCCUGGACCGGCAGAGGGCUGGAGUUUAAACUCCAUGAACCAGAAGAGGUGGCUCGACGUUGGGGCGCGCAGAAGAAUCGGCCAGCUAUGAACUACGACAAACUCUCAAGAUCACUGAGAUAUUACUAUGAGAAAGGGAUCAUGCAGAAAGUUGCAGGUGAACGCUACGUCUACAAAUUCGUCUGCGAUCCCGAAGCAUUGUUCAGCAUGGCUCGAGCGCCACCUCCGGCGCCCUAUGACGUCAUCUCCCAGCUCUACUACCCCCCAUACCUCCCCCCGACCCCCACUCCCACCCCCACAACCUCCACCCCCAGCGACUACCAACGGCGCUACUACCAAGAAGCACACUACGACAAUUGA